AUGCCUCAGAUCAACCAGUUCCACAUCCGGCCCGCACGCUCGGCCGGCGACGACGCGCAGUUCAUCAUGGCGGCAUUCGACUCCACCAUCCCGUACCUGAGAUCCAUCGGCGCGGCGCGAAUGUGGGGGGAGAAGCUCUUCUCCGAAAAGGACGGCUUCGAGCAGGAGACGGUAGAGUCGGUCCACAAGUCGGAGCGCGAAGACGACCCUCUGAACAUCUUAAUCGCCGAAGUCGAGCAGGGCCAGCGGCCUCCGACCCGAGUUGGGCUCGCCAUGAUACGCGAAGACUCGUUGCCGGCGUACAUCACGGAGCGCGAGGAGAUGAAGCCCGAGGUCGACCAGGCGAAGCAGUUCAUCUUCCUGGAAGUCCUCAUUUCAGACUACAGGACAACGCCUCUUCACAAGGGUGUCGGCGCCGCAUUGAUCGAGGCUGCUAAGCGCCGCGGACGGGAGAAGAACAAAGACGCCUUGUAUUACGAAGGACGGGGGUUCCAGAGAGUCGGUGACUUUUCCUUUGCCAGGGCAAGUGGCGAGCUUUGGCCAGGCACCCUCUUCCGCAUGCGUCUCUCUGGACCGUGA